CCGCCGAAAGGUCACGCGGUGACAUGGCGGGACCGGAGGAGCGAGGAGGAUCGAAUGGCGGGGGCGACUUAAAGGAUGAAGAUGUGGUGGCGGUGGGCUCUAUCUCCAACGUCCUGCGCCGAGCAUUCCUUGACUACUACACGAGCGACUUUGACAAGAACCUGAAUGCAGAAUGGGCCGACGACGUUGCACCAGACACCGCCGACGGUAGCAGCGUGACUGCGACAGACAGCGAAGGACGAGAAGAGACGAACCAAGACGAUACCACAACUGCGUCUCGCAUUGCCCCGGACCAUCCGUACUUGGUGCUCGCCAAGGAGCGUGUGGCAGCGAUCGACGCCAACUUGCGCGAAAAGGUCACCCAAGCGUCGGACCUCAUGGCCCUUCUGGAAUCCCGACGCCAGGACGCCGCGAAAAAGGACGAGCAGCAGGCGCGCGAGUUAAUCGCUCAAGGUCUCGUCGUGAAGGCUCAGAUUCCGAUCGGACCGUCCAAUUUCACGCUCCAUCGCGACGAAUUGCUUCCGUUUGGGGAAUUUGCCACGUCAUUGAUCCACGCGCGCGACUUGCUUCAAGCCAACCACGAGCGCAUGUUGGAUCGAUCUGGGAACGGCCCGACGGCCCAAAUCAAAGCCGCCAAAGCCGCGAUUCAAGUCCCAGGGUACCUCUCGUCCACAGCGAGUGUGAGCAUUCGCAAAGGCAUGACACUUCCAAAGAGCACGGCACCUGCUCACUCGUCAUAUGACGGCAAUCACGAUGAAGACGAAGAGUAUGUGAGUGAAUUCGUCGACGACGACGCAGCAGUAGUGCCUUCAUCAUCGUCCACUAUCACCACCAACAACAACGUGUCCAACACAAGCAACAAGUAUAAACCGACACGUAUGUCGAAGCGGCCGCCGCCGACGCCGACGCUAAGCACGGAAGCGCAGCUACUCAAUGCCAAGAUCCUCACGCGCAUGCAGAGCACACUCCAGUUCCCCCGCAACCCCCGCUAUGACAAAUCGAACGACUCAAUCAACGAACUAGCGCCAUCUUUCGUGGUUGAGCCCAACCCCGUCGAGUUUACCUCGUACGAUAUGGGGGGCAUCUACGAGCAGUUGGUGCUUCUCAAGAACGUGAGCUCCUUGUCCGGCCGGUGUCGCAUCCUCCCGCCCUCGUCCACGUUCUUCAUGCUCGCGUCCGUGCUGUACCCAGACUCUUCCGGUCUCAUCGCGCCGGGGUUGACCUGUCAAGUGCGCGUCCAAUUCGCCCCCGACACCCGCGCCGACUACAGCGACUCGUUCGUUGUCAUGAUAGAGACCCCCAGCGGCACGGACAUUCCGCUUCAAGUGCCCCUGGCGGCCCAUCGCGACCCGCCGCGGCUGUCGCUGCCGUCGACGCUGCUCGCGUCCUGCUGCCUCAUCGGAGGCACAUCCACCACGACCAUCUCGUGCUUGAAUUCCGGCGGCCGCGGUCGGUUCUGGCUUGUCAGCGACGCCGACUGGGGUGUCGCCAACGUCCUCGACAAUAUCCACGCACUGCAAGCACAACCAACUCCCGCCCCCGCCGCCUUGUCCAUCGGUCCAUUCACGCUGUCGCCGUGUGACAUGGAUCUGGGCACGGGCGACGCCGCCGACCUCACGCUUGUGUACACCCCCACGGUCGUCGGGACCGAAUCCGCCACGUUUUACAUUGUGUGCGACAACUGUCUAGUAAAACCGUUCAAAGUUGCGGGUCGGGGGUGUGAAAUCGACAUCGCGCCAGUGACAAUCAACCGCGUGCCGAUUGAAGCGACCGUGGCGUCGAUGGGGCCGCUCGACCGCCUGCUGUUUGCCCCCAUCAUGACGCACGCCAUGGCCACGCAAACCUUCCAGGUCGUUAACCAUACGCCGCUGGCGUUGCCGUUUGAGUGGGUUGUUGUCGACAAGCACCAGCACCAACUACAACUCAUGACCAGCCGCCAUGCCACCACCAAUCAUCACAUAUGUGAAGAAGAUAAACAGGGCCAGCUCGUGUCGGCACGAUUACGGGUGCCGUUUGAGAUUGCCCCAUCUACCGGUGUACUUGGCCAAGGCGCGACCGCGACCUUUGUCGUCACGUUCACCCCCACAACAGUCGCGUCAUUUGGUGCACUGGCAUCGCUCACGAUCUGCCACGUGCCGCCGUGUUGCCUGCCGGGGGCCGCCAGGAACAACGGGCGGGAGGACUCAGCUGCCCUUACCACAGUGGACGCGAUGCAAUUGACGCUUGAAGGCGCAUCGAUGCCAUCUGCCAUCCACCUCAACCCGUGGAUCGUGUCGUUUGGCGGGGAUACCUGCUUGAACAGGGACAUUGCAGCGCCCCUGGUGAUGUCGAACCAUGGCCCCACGGCCGUUGCGUUUCGAUGGGGGCAUCACAGCCAGCAACAACAUGACGACAAUGAUGAUGAUGCGAUCGAUUUUGGGGGGAAACACGACUUGAUCUGCCACGUGGAGCCCAGUGAGGGCACCGUGCCCGCCCAUGGCACAUGUACGGUUGUUGUGCACGUGACACCCCAUCGCACAGGGAGGUUUGGGUUUCCCGUAACCUGCGCCGUGGAAGCGUCGUCGCAGGUCGUGGCAUGGGUCCAAGGGCAUGUGCCGCGGCCACACAUUCGCCUUCUCGCGCCCGAAAUCGACUUUGGCCUUGUGAGCGUCGGCAACACUGCGACGCAAGUGCUGCGGUUUCAAAACGACAGCGCAACCGUGGCCACGUACCGAUUUUCCCACGUAGGCCCCCCCGGUUUUGUGCCCCUACUGAAACGAACCAACUCGACCGACUCGAUGGCGUCGUCGCGGUUUUCAUUCGUCACAUCAUCCGACGCUAGCACGACCGACGACAAGCCAGACGUGCCCCAUAAAUGUGUCUUGUCAUUCCAUCCAGAAGAUGGCACGUUGCAGCCGGGGGAAGAGGGGAUGGUCUCGAUUGUGUGUACGAGCGGCAAGUACCCCGAGCGGUUCCGCGGGUCGGUUCAGUGCGAAGUCGUGGACGCCGCGACGACGUGCAUUUCCGCGCGAGGUGAGAUCCAAUGUCCCCAAGUAUACCUAAGCCAAACCAAGGUCGCCCUCGGCACCACGUACAUUGGAGUCCCCGUUACACGGACUUUAGCCCUUGUGAAUGUAUCCAACCUGCCGGCGCCGUUCAAGUGGGUCGAACCACUGGGCAAGUCGAAAGCGUACUCGGUCGAGUUUCACCCCCGCAGCGGGACGCUAGAGUCCAAGCAGUCACUACAUGUGACCAUCGUCUUUACCGGACGGGCGCCGGGGCUUACAGACGUGGUGUUUUCAUGUCAAGUGCGGGGGGUGCUCGUACCCCUCGGGUUUGAACUUGUGACACUGCAAAAGGGGCUCGUGUUGUCGUACCAACUGGUGGACGACACAGUGUCGCAGGGUACCGCCGUCGUGUCCCCCGACGCCCCCGUCGGGUCGAGUUUGCCCAAACUCCACUUUGGCGAACACGUGCCACUGUUUGCACGCAAGUCGCUCCGUCUCUUGAUUCGCAAUCACAGCGGGAUCCCGGCUAAACUAUCCCUCGAAGCGCGCAAGUACAACACGACGCUCCCUGACAAUGCAACCAUCCCCCCCCAGGCAUCAUCAUUGGAGCCUCGCGACAAGGCGUUCCAGUCCGAGUCGGGUCGACAGUACAAAUCCAACCAGGCCAACGUCCAUCAAGACCGCAUGCUACUGAGCGCUGGACUGGGGGUAGCGCUGCUAUGCGCGCCGUCCACCGUGUCCAUCGCCCCAUGGGAGCAGACUGUCGUGACCGUGACCGCCCUCAACAACAUGUCGGGGCGGUACGUCGAUGACAUUGUCGUUAAGUUGGACACGAUGCCCCCCGUGAGACUCAGCGCUACCAUCAACGUCGUGGGGUGUCCGCUGAGCAUCAACCCCAACUGCGUCGGGCUUCGGAUGCAUCACGACCCCCGCUUCCCCCUCCUCGAGUUUGGCAUCCUCCCGCUGCAGGCCGACAUAGUGACCCGCAAGGUUCAAGUCAUCAACACUGGCCCCAUUCCCGCAAAGGUUACGUGGAAACUCGCCGAGUACCGUGAUCCUGACGCUGUCGAGCGCGUGGUGGACGUGACGGUCGCCGUCGGGCCCCGCAACCUCGUGGACGUCCGCAUCCGCCUCCAUGUCCAGAAGGAUGACAUCGCGGUCCCGUUCACAGUCGAGCCCAUGGAACGCGUGAUAGCCAAGCACGACCACGCCAACUUUGUCAUGACGUUCCAUCCGCAGUCGUGCCCCGUCGGCGUCGCGCGGGCCCUUGUCGUCGCCGACGCCGAGUGGCUGCACGGGGAAAACGCGGCCGUUUAUCGCCCCGACUCGUCACUGAGUAACCAGAGCUCCACGUCAUCGCUCAUGAUGGGGGCGGUGGGCAAGGCGCUCAAAGCCGUGCGCCUUACAAACGCAUUGGGCAAAGCCAAACCCGGCGGCGCGCUCAACUUUAAGAGCGUCGCGUGUGUGCAGCUCGCCGUGACCGGCGAAAUCGUGCCGCCGGCUUUGCACUGGGACAAGGCAUCCCCCUCGCGCGCGACGUUCACCACGUGGUCGCUGCACCCACCGACCCAUCCAGCAAUGUUUCAAACGAUGCAACUCGUCAACCGCCUCGCCACCAAGCUCACGUUCCGCCUAGACACGGCCGGUCCGUUCUCGAUCGUCCAAGCCACCGCCGCCGCCAACAACCACCAUCAUCCGCUGUCGGCGAGCGUCGUGUCGCCGACGAGCCGACCGCUCGCGUUCAACCAGCACCCGACGCCCAGCUUCACCCUCGGCCCAAGUCAAAGCGUGCAAGUGCACGUGCAGUUCCACCCCCCUCCAACCCCGUCCACCACCGCCAUCACCCUCCCUGCGACGUCGUUGUCCACCGCCGUGAGUUUAUCCGGACACCUCGGCAUCCGGUUUAGCCACGGAAGUGUGCAAACGAUCGCGCUGCAAGGGCGCGUCCUUCGGCCCCAGCUCGUGCUCGCGCCGUCGCAGUUCCAUUUCGGCCGCGUGCACUGUGAACGAACCCACACGAUCCGCGUGUUCUUGGCCAACCCCACCGAAGUGGACGUUCACUUUACCGUUCGCCACCACCACCACACGCCGUCAUCCCAUCAGCUGCAACCGCCGCACCCGUCCGCUGCCGACGACGACCCAACCGUGUUUCAAAUCGCGACCAUGUCCGGCACGCUGCGGGGACCGACGUUGCCCCUGCACACGGCGGGCGCGGCUGUGCCGACGCCGUCCCCGGAUUACGCGGCGGCGAUCCACCCACCCAUGGAGAUCGUCGUGACGUUUGCACCGUCGCAGCCCAAGAAGUACAAGUCGAGAUUUCGAUUUGACGUGGUUAUGGGCGACGGGUUCGACUUGGUGCUUGAAGGGGAAGGCACGCUCGUGGAGCACAAGCAACAGCCGUCUGGAUCGAGGGCCGUUCCUCGAGCCGCGCCGCUGCGGCAUUCCCAUUACAUGCUUGGCAAAGUGAAGGAGUAACACGACAUGGCCAGGAUUGAUGAAACAGUGUCACGUGAACGAUGUCGCGUGACCGAGGUUAUGAGGAUGGUUGUGGCAUGUUUCCAUCGUGGAACGAACGAUACUAGUACAGUACAGGUCAAGUCAAACCCAACCAAACUGCCACCAGACUCACACGAGUUCUUCCCUCCAAUAUGCACUUGCGCAGUCCAGAAAGGACGUCGAUAUAACUUAAGUUAGAUGAAGCAAGCGACCCAGUUGUCUACGAUCGACGUUCGCGGCCGCGGAAGGUUCAUAAAUACGAGUUCGUGGUCGAGGGUUCAGACACAGGAUUGGAUCCAGUGAUGCAACACUUCCUUGUCGUGGUCUCCCAGCAGUUCAUAGCCUUCGACUUCAGGCAAUGUCGCAGGUGUCUCGCAGCACGUCAAGUGGUGCCAGUCGAUGCCAAUGUUGCCAUUCACGUGGUGGAAGAUGAUGCCGACACGGAUGCUUCCGGUCUGAAUCGCGUCGCGACAUGCUUGGCAGGUCGACGCACCGUUCUUGGCGAUGCCUAGGAUCGGCAGUUCGCAGCGCUUCCACGGGUUCACGUGGGUCGUCCCUGGCAUGCCGGCGGGGGCUGUGUGUUGCGUGCUCGAGUUCAAAUUCAC